AUGUCAAAAUGCCCUUUGACAUGCAAGAACUUCCUCAAGCUCUGCAAGAUCAAGUACUACAAUGGGUGCCUCUUCCACACCGUGCAGAAGGAUUUCACAGCACAAACGGGUGAUCCAACUGGCACAGGAGUUGGCGGAGAUUCAAUCUACAAAUUUCUGUAUGGUGAGCAGGCUCGGUUUUUUGGAGAUGAGAUUCAUCUCGACUUAAAACAUUCCAAGACUGGCACUGUUGCAAUGGCCAGUGGUGGAGAAAAUCUCAACGCUUCCCAGUUCUAUUUCACACUUCGUGAUGAGCUCGACUAUCUUGAUGGGAAACACACGGUGUUUGGGGAGAUUGCAGAGGGGUUUGACACUUUGACAAGGAUAAAUGAAGCUUAUGUUGAUGCAAAAAACAGACCAUAUAAGAACAUUAGAAUCAAACACACAUAUAUACUUGAAGAUCCGUUUGACGAUCCCCCACAACUGGCUGAGAUGAUACCAGAUGCAUCCCCCGAAGGAAAACCCAAGGAAGAGGUCAAAGAUGACGUGCGACUUGAAGAUGAUUGGGUUCCUAUGGAUGAAGAACUUGGUAUUCAACAACUGGAGGAGGUUAUCCGUGAAAAAGCUGCUCAUUCUAGUGCUGUUGUGCUUGAAAGUAUAGGAGAUAUCCCAGAGGCCGAGGUAAAGCCUCCUGACAAUGUGUUGUUCGUCUGCAAACUGAAUCCUGUGACUGAGGACGAGGAUCUGCAUACCAUAUUUUCACGCUUUGGAACUGUCGUGUCGGCUGAUGUAAUCCGGGACUUCAAAACGGGUGACAGUUUGUGCUACGCUUUUAUAGAGUUUGAGGACAAGGAGGCAUGCGAGCAAGCCUACUUUAAGAUGGACAAUGCGCUGAUUGAUGAUAGAAGAAUACAUGUGGAUUUCAGUCAGAGUGUAUCCAAACUUUGGUCACAGUUCCGGCAGAAAGACUCACAAAAGGGUAAAGGGAAUGGAUGUUUCAAAUGUGGGUCGACGGAUCAUAUAGCCAAGGACUGUGUGGGUGGAAAUCAGGCUUCAAAGUUCAUUGUAAAAGAUCAAAACAGGCAGCACGGGGGAGGUGAAGGCUAUGAUAUGGUGUUUGAGGGUGAUGUAGCUGAACCCAAGAGGGAGAAGAGAGAGCCUAGUCAUGAGAAGGAGAAGGAGAAGAUUCGUAGGAGAAGUCCUCAUGGGUAUGGUGAAGGCAAAAGACAAGACAGAGAUUAUCGCCGGGAAGAGCCAAGAGAAAGGGACAGGGAGAGGGAGAGGGAGAGGAGGUAUGAUGAUGGUGUGAGUAGGGAGAAGAAACACAGAGAGGUAAACGAAAGAGAGAGUAGGGAGGAUGAAGAGAGGAGAAGAAGAAGACGCCGGGAAGAGACGAGAGAUAGGGAGAGGCGUGUUGAGAGUCGAAGAGAUCACUGGAGUGAUAAGGAAAGGAGAAGAGAUAGGUGA